CGUCGUUCCCUUUCCCCCCGCUGGCUGCCUGACCGGCCGCUCGAAAGAUGUUCCGAAUUGGGUUAAAAUUCCCGUGCAACGGUCUAAAUCGGAUUAAAGAACACGGCUGCUCCAGGCUUUACCUGACCGCCAGAUACUACGAGACGCGGCCGCGACUCGGACCGAACGGCAGGCUGUGCAAGGAUGUUAGACUCACGUCCAGAUUUACCGGACCUAAGUAUUCGACUGCACCGCCAAGAAGUGAAAAGAGCAGAGGAUCAGGAACGUUGAUAACUCUAGGAGCAGUGACAAUUGGAACUUUAGGAAUACUAACGUACGCUAAGAACAAUCCGGAAUUCCGUGCUACAUUGGAAGGAUGGGUUCCUGGCACGGACAAAGCCGUUCGAGUCGUCUUUCAAGAGGAUUCCAGCUACUUCAACCUCAUAUUAACGUUCUUCGCAACAUUGAAGCAGACGAUAAUGGAUAUGUUCUUCAAAGACGGACCGGAACCAGAACCAGCGCCCAAGCCAGUUUUCAAGCCGUUAGUCGAGAAGAAGGAAGCACCUAAUCAUGUCGAGAUUCAUCAUAUUAGCAAAGAGGACAAGAAAGUUGAUGUCGUGGUCGAGAAACCAGCACCGUCCCCCAAAAAUAUACUCAAAGAGGUGAUGUCGCAAAGCUUGGCCGACCUAGAAACCUCUUGUGGCGAAACUGCUUCGAAAGCCAUCGCAGCCUAUCGCAAGGCAACGUGUGCAGUUGAAGAGUACAAUCGUGACGUGGUCGAAGUGGUCGAGAGCGCCGGCAGUGCGAUAAGCGGAAGCGUUUGGCAGAGAUUAAAAGAAGCGACGGAGAGGAAGAAAGAAGCGGUGCGUCAAGCGGAGGAGCACGCGAGAGCAGCGUCGGAUUCCCUCAAGCGCAUGUACAACCUGAUCGACGAGCCUGCGCUGGACGCGCCCGCUGACGUAAAAUCCGCCGCACGACGGAACGUCAAGAAGAUUCUGGAGGACGUGGAGGAGGCCAAGAGGAGGUAUAACGAGGAGACGCAGAACAGUAACGUCACGGAGCGCUACUGGAAGCAGAUUAAAACGGCGCGGGAAAACUUCAACGAGGAAUUGCAAAUCCUCUUUCCCAGUAUAAAUAUUCACGAGAAGAGGUUGUCCGUCAACGAGGAGGCGUUCGAUUUAUUCGUGCUGCAUAUGUAUCACAAGGUCAACAACCUGCAGCAGGAAUUGGAGAAACUAAGGACAGUCAACGAAACCAAGAUAAAAUCAGCCCUGAGAGCAUUCGGUGAAAAUGCAGACGAAGAAAAAUUGGAAGCACUGGUGUCUCUCGCGGUAAACCGGGAGACGCUCAUUCUGCAGGAGAAUCAGGAGAAGAAGUUGUUGGCGGAGCAGAAGAAGUUCGACGAGGAGCUGCGACGGCAGCUGAAAUUGCAGUCGGAGAUACACGCCGAUCAUCUUCAAGAAGCACUUUCGGUCAAAGAGCAGGAAACGCAGAGGAAGCUGCAUCGCUCGCUCAGCGAGCAAGCCGAGGCCGAGUCCAUAAAGCACAAGACGCAACUCGCUGCGGUAGUGGGAAAGUUACACGCUCUCUCAGCGGCACUUAAAGCCCGCAUAGAGGAGGAGAAGGGUGUAUCGAACGCGCAGAUUCUCUGGUCGGCCUGUCAAGCCCUGGCCAGAGCGGUGAAAAUCGGACCACUGGGUACACCUAUAGACAAAGUGAUCAGACCAUUAGAACCUGAAAUUAACGCAGUUUCCAAGGCAGCACCGAAGGACGAUCCUCUGGUGUGCGCCGCUAUUCGAGGCAUUCCCGAAGAAGCUGCCAAGAGAGGAGUGUUCCCGGAAGAUGCCCUGCGCGAGAGAUUCCUCAAGGUAGAGAGCGUGGCGAGAAGAUUAGCCAUGGUGCCAGAGGAGGGUGCGUCUUUGCCUGUGUAUCUGCUUAGCUAUCUUCAAAGUUUCUUCAUCAUCAGAACGGCCGAUCCAAUUCCAAAGAGCGAGCUCGAAGACCAGCCAAUUGAUGUGAACUCGCUGAAUACGUACGACAUACUUUACCGCGCCAGGUACUGGCUGGAUCGCGGGGACUUCGAGAUGGUCCUGCGAUACAUGAAUCUACUGAAGGGCGCGCCCAGAAGCGUCGCCCGGGAUUGGAUGAACGAGGCCAGGAUCCUGCUAGAGACGCAGUUGGCGGUAGACACCCUUCUGGCGCACGCAGGUGCGACCGGUCUCUUGUAUCUCGGUGCUGGAGGUUCGCCCAAGCAGAAGUAAAGCGAGCACAACAGACAGAGAAGACUGUUCCAAACCACACAACGGAGGCGUCCACGGAAGAGCGGGAAGCGUCGACGAACGGGGAGGGGGAAUGAGGAAGAGACGGAGCCGAUGGAUGGAUAUCCGGGUGGUGGUGGUAGUAGAAGGAACGCGGGAAGGAAAAGUAUGCAGAAAGAAAGCAAAACCGAAACCGCUGCCAGCCUUGUAUAGCGAACAUUGUCUUUUCUAGCAAUUAAAAGAUAGGAUUGGUGUGCCGGGUGAAACGAA